GGAUCCUUUCGUUGCGCUACUCGCUUCGCCCGACGCCGGCCAUCAGUCCGCUUCAACGGAGGGUUUAGAGAGCCGAGACGAGCGCGUCGUCAUGUGCAGGUAAGCUCUCCAAGCCAUGGCGCGCUUUGGCGUGCUCUUGCUGGUUCUACUGACGCGAACGGCUUCUGCGACCAAAGUUCGCUCCUCUUCGCACGUGCGCGAUGGCGCCAGCCCGUCCAGACGACUGCUAAGGGGUCUGGGCAAGGACGGCCUCGAGGCGAGGGCCAGGAGCCUUCGGGAGGAGAUCGGCGAGUUGGAAGUCGCCUUGGAGAAGAGCAGCGGAAAGAACUCUGCUAGCCUCGCAGAGCUUGAAAAGCAGCUGAACGAUACAGCUUCACAAUUUCCAGGACACCUUCCACUUCGCAGCGAAGGUGAGAAGACGCUUGGCGAGAACAUCAGCAAGACAGAGGCGCUCAUCGCGGAUGCACAUCAGCAGGUCCUCGCACACGGUGACGUGGCGGAACGGGCGCGAACUGAACUUGAGCAGUUGGCCAAGACGGCGACACUGUGCAACUGCUCCAAGGGCAAGCUUGCCUUCUUACAGCUGGAAGGAGGUCAUGUCCGUCCUCAUCUCACAGAGGAGCAGAUCGCCGCUAUGGUACGGGACCUGUCAACAGGCUUUACCUCGAGUGCAGCUGGACGGGUACAAGACGCUCCAGAUGCGGCCGAAGACGAGACGCUGGUGAUCGAGGGUCUGGUGAGGAAGGUCGAGGAGCUGGAAAGGCAAAGGGCUGAGCUUGAGGCUGCGCAGUCCAGGGCCUACGAGAUCUUCCGCCAGGCACAAGACAGGCUUCUGGAUCAGUCGAAAACGGCCUCGCGAGAGCUGUAUGCAGCCAAGCUUCAAGCAGUGAGAGAGGAGGAAGCCGCAAAGAAGCGCGAAAGGGCGCUGGUGCGGCAGCGCGGCUCCGCCGAGGCGAUGCUCCGAGCGCAGGAGCAGACGCUUCUGCGGUUGAAGCAGCAGAGCAAGGACUACGCUGCCAGGAUCCAGGCGCUCUUUUCCGCCCUGAAGAGCUGUGGCUGCGUCAAGGGCUCGGCGUGGCAGCCCGACGAGGUCACCACAACCGUCACGAGCACGACAACGACUGCGAAGACCACGCUGCCGCAGGUGGAUCUGGUCCGCGAGCGCCAACCGGCGGCAUCAUCUUUGACGGGACCCAAUGGGUCGUGAGCGCUGAGCUCGCUCGAAGUUUGGCCUUGCUCUGCCCGAAAAAAAACA